GGGAAGGCGUUGUGCGGUGUGGGGACGGGAUUAGAAAUGAGAGUUUCAGGGAAUAUUUGCCGCCCUGAUGACCAUAAGGCUCAGUGAUAUGGAUGAGGCGACCCACGUUGAGAUAGACAUAAAUGAAAUACAGCUCAAGGAGGGCGUCGGCAAAGGCUCAUUCGGCGUGGUGAAGAAGGGCAUCUGGCGGGGACGCCAGGUGGCUGUGAAGAAGGUCGAGACCGAGUUUGAGAAGAAGGCGUUCCUGAUCGAACUGCGUCAGCUGCAGCGCGUCAGCCACUCUAACAUUGUCGAGCUGCUCGGCGCGUGCACCAAGCCCGAGUAUGUGUGUCUGGUCAUGGAGUACGCCGAGGGUGGCUCGCUUUACGACGUGCUGCACAACGAGCCGCGGCCGACCUACAACGCCGGCCACGCCGUCUCCUGGUGUCUGCAAUGCGCCGAGGGCGUUAAGUACCUGCACGGCGUGCGUCUGGUGCACAGAGAUCUGAAGCCGCCCAACCUGCUGCUGCUGGACUACGGCCGGAAGCUCAAGAUCUGCGACUUUGGCACGGCGUGUGACGUCAAGACCCACAUGACCAACAGUCGGGGCAGCGCCGCCUGGAUGGCGCCCGAGGUGUUCGAAGGUAACACCUACACAGAGAAGUGCGAUGUGUUCAGCUUCGGCAUCAUUCUGUGGGAGGUGAUGGCGCGCAAGAAGCCGUUCGACCACAUCGGCGCGCCGGCCUUCCGCAUCAUGUGGGCGGUGCACAGCGGCAAGCGGCCGCACCUCAUCCAGGGCUGUCCCGAAGUGCUCGAGUGCCUCAUGCGACGGUGCUGGGAGAAGGACGCCGUGCUGCGGCCCAGCAUGGUGGACGUGGUGCUGAUCCUGCAGCGCAUCCUGCCGCUGUUCGCCGGCGCCGACGAGCAGCUCCGCUACCCCUCCAACAGCUGGCCCGAGAACAUGGGCGGCGGCCACCAGGACGAGCCCGAGACAGAGUGUCACGAGCUGCAGCGGCCGAUGCCGGCCGGCAUCGCCUACCACCAGCCCAUGAACAUGGGGCCCAUCGAGGAGAAGACGGAGGAGGGCCUGUUCGCGACGGACCGGCGGAGCUCGGUGCCACAGUCGCCGGCGGCCGGGCCCGGCCCCGGUGCCGAGGCGAGCUCGGGCGCGCGCCGACCCGAGACGCUCGUGCCGCCGCACCAGGGUCACAGCCUGGCGCUCAGCCUGGAGGAAAACCCGUAUCAGGUGCCGCAGCUACCGCACCUGCCGGCCGGCCUCGACAGUCAAGCCUUCCGGCCGGCGCGGCAGGUGUCGCCCGUGCUGGCCUACCGCGUCAGCCCCACCUCGCCUCCGCAGUACCAGCCGUACCGGCCCGGUCAGGGGCCCGGCUUUCGGCAGCCGCACGCGCACCCGUCGCCCACCAGCAUCCCGGAGAACGCGAGCCUGGGCAGCUACGCGGCGCCGCCGGCCGAGUCGCUGCGGCAGAUGGGUCUGGACGAGCGCAGCAAGCGGCACUCGGCCGACCUCGGCCAGCUGGACCGCGGCCCGGUGCCGGCCGCGCCCGCGUCCGCGCAGCACGAACAGAGGAAGUCGCGAGGUCACCGCCGCACCGCCUCGUACGGCUCGUGUGGAUGGUCCGACUCGUGGGAGAACGGUUGA